UGGCAUUAGUUUCAUGUGUGGUUUCAUGCAAGUUUCAUGUGUUUCCGAACGAAGGUACUCCUCUGUCAAGUGGAUUGAUUUUUUCUUUAUAUUUGUUUGCAUUCUCCACGACGUAAAUUCCUAUAAAUCGCUUCAAAAUAUUGGAUAAAUAAUGUACGAAUCGUAUUCUAAACCUUUAGGCUGACAAAACGUAGGCAUGAACGUGCUAGAAAAGGCCGAGAAGGCCCUUGAAUAUCUUAAGGCUAAUGAGAACUCGGCCAAGGGUCAUGAACUUCAAGCGGCUGCAGGGACACUUGGCAGGUGUCUAGGAGCUUUGGGCAGUAGAGCAAAUUGUGCUAGACAUUAUGCCAAUUUGCUUCAUUCUGCUAUACCUACCUUAUUGUUUUUGGCCAGCAAUGACAGCGCUGAAGUCAGGCUAGUUGGAGAUGAGGCUCUCAACAGGGCUGUAGUAGGAGGUUUCGCCUUCCACUCGUAUAAAACAAAUAUAAUUUUACAAAACCAAAUAGAUCAUACAAGGAAUGCCAGAUGGAUCAGAGCAUCCCUUUCCCGCAUAUGCCUCGGGGAGUGUUGGCUGCGUCCAGGCGUCGGGAAGAUUCGUAGUCAAGCGCAAACACUUUUCCCUAAGCUAAGUCAAAUAGUGCGGAACACUAAGGAGAUUCAGCUGAUAGUUGAGGCACUGGAAAGUAAUCUGCCUCGGCUGUUGAACGCAUUGGCCGAAUAUACUACGGAUGAAGAGAUUUCAGAAUUGUCAAAAGCUUUAUUAUCCCACGUAGAGACAACAGAUCCAGCUAUAAGACGCGGGAUAUCAACAUGCAUUGCGCAUUUGUGUUCGCACAGAGAGCCACUUCUUACAAAUGUGUUGAGUGAAGUGUUUGAUAAAUUAUGGCCUCCGACGUCAGAAGGCGCGGUGAUAAUGGGUUGGUUUUGUAUAGUCAAAGCCAUAUUCCAAAUAAACGAUACGUCGAAAUUUUCAGAAAACGACCUGUUUAAUGUGCAAGAUUAUUUAGAGCUAUACCACCUCUGUAUAUACUACAUAGAAGAUUCAACAACCGAUCACAAUGUUCAGAACUGUGUGAUUGAGUGUCUCACUGUGUUACUGUCCCGUGCUAGUGGAGAGUAUAGGGGGGCUUUACUGGACCAUCAUCCCACCGCAGUCAGUCUGGAUGACAGGUUUAAUCGCAAAGGACAUAGAAGAAAUAUUAGCUCAACAAGCGUGAUCUCCUCUCGCUUCCCACCGAGUCCUCCUUCGGAGCCCAGAGACGCGUUGGAGUUGUCGUUCACCGGCGCUCUACAGCUCGGCAGCAUUCUACACCUGAAUACCCCAAGUUUGAGCGUAGAAGAUCUUACUAUCCAGACGCCAGAUUCCCCGGCAAGUGAGACAGAAAUAGAGAUUCCCAACACCGAACAACUCUCCAAAGAUCUUUCGGAGAAACUUCAAGAGUAUGAAGAAUGCGACUCUAAGGAAGAUGUGGUCGAUACCGCCCACCUCGAUAGCUUUAAGAUAAACAUAGGGAGUUCCAGUGAUGACGAUGUUCCACUCAAGUUUUGCACGAGACUACUCGCGUCAAAGUUUUUAUUGGCCGGAAACAAAGGAGAUCUUAUACCAGAUAGGGUGAUCAGAGUUUCAGUGAAGGCUUCGGCUCUAAACUGCAUAUCAGAGAUAUUGACGAUAUAUCCUCAGGCGAUGACGUUAUAUUUGGAUAAAGAUGCCGAUGUGAAGAGCCAAAAUAUAUCUGGUUCGUCAGAAGUCACGGAAUCUAAUCAAGAACACGUCAACGAAUUUAUCUUGGAACGUAAUGUGUGCUACCAGGAUUCACUCACGGACUCCAUGAGUCAAGACCUUCUCAACAGGAGUAUGGACAGCCAACCAACCUCCCAUCUAAACUCGAAGAAAGAGAGCAAGUCCUUAGAUAAAAGCAUGGAUGACGAUGAUCAAAAAAGCUCCUCAAAUGUCAUCAGAAAUGAUCUUCUGGCCAGUAUCAUUACAGACAGCACGAACCCUAACAUGACGAAUAGUAAUUUCACCACGAAUUCGAACAUGACGGGUAGUAAUGAUCCCACCAGUGGGUACCCGUUGUCCAGCAGUGGGGAUAUAUUAUCGUCAAGUAUAGAUCUCGAUAUGAAGUUUGAUCACUUCGGUGAGUCGACGACUAAUUUGGAUAAUUUGAAGGAUUUCGAUAAAAAAUCGGAACGGUCGAAACGACCCCUAACUCGCACGGAUGAGAUGCAAGUGGACGUCGUUGAAGGGUUAGGCGAAAGUAAAUGCGAUGAAAAGGAUUUAGAGAAAGAAUUCGAGUAUCAACAUUUAUCGGAUAUUUUUAUUUUACUCGAGGGCCAUAAUGACCCUCAAAUUAGAGGAUUGGUGAGGGUUUGCGCCGGGAAUUACUUGGCGGCGGCGUUGGAUCUGUCCCACGGCGAUUAUCACAGAUGGAGGAGUUUAAACGCGCUGCCUAAAGAAAUUAGGGAACAUAUGAGCAUUGAGAAAUUGUUCGAUAUUAUCCUAAAGGGUCUCUCAGACAGCAUUCACUCGGCAGUGAAUCACACUCUCUCCUCUCUAACUACCCUUGCACCGGCUCUUUGCAGUAGUCCUCACUGGGCCCUACUGGUUGAAGCUUUAAACUCUCUAGUGAGUGUAGAGAUGAACAGCUACUGGUUGUGUAAGGUCAACCUUUGCAGGCUUUACGAGAAAUUGCCUUACAAAAAACUGUACACACUGUAUCCAGGGUAUUAUGCUAGAAGUAAAUUGAUAAUGGACACAUUAAUCCGUCUGCUCGGUGAUCACGACCAGAAAGUGAGGAGUGCGUCCACGCAAGCAAUAACUACUAUAAUCCCAAAUAUCUAUCCUUCAAAGCGUCAUACCCCUACCACGAUGGUGUGCGAGAUUGCCUCAGAACAUUCUCGACAGAUCUCCUUCGAUAACAUCGGUUUGUCACUAGACUUAGUCCGAGACAUAUAUUUCUACAACGAUCUGCCCGAGCAGUUGAAAAGCGGCGAGACGAUUCGCAGCGAUUGUCUGAGGACAGUGGUAGGGGAUUUGAUGGCUAAGUUGUUGGCAAGCAGUUGUAAGCAUUAUUCGCAAGGUCUGUUAGAAGCACUACAAGCUGUAUCUAAGAGGUGGUCCCCAUGGAAAAACAUCGAAGCGUACUCGGAUCAAGGAAUAGUAAGCUACUGCCUAGAAAACCUGGACUAUUGUAAUGGAACGGUUGCUGUUAGGACCUUGUUAAUGGAUCUGUGUUGUAUGAAUUAUCCAGUUGAAAUCCACAACAUAAUGCGUCACAAAACUUCAAACAGAGAUAUAUUCGAGCGCGACUCGCAAAGUUCCAAAGACAAAUGGCAACAUUUAGAAGACAGCAGGGUUGCCAACCUUGCGGAGAAGUUUCUCCAGGUCACGCUGAAAACUUUGAAUGUGUUGGUGCAUUUGAUUGAGGAAGUUAAUCCUACUGUGCAUUUGAAUAGGAGCGGUAUUGCGUUACCCGGCAGUCCUGUUAGGAGGAAGACUCAAGAUUCAAUACCUGUUCGCAAAAGCAGCACUCCAACAGACAGUCUUGAUGAUAAGGGGUCAUUGCGAAAAAAACCGCCGACGCCUGCGACAAGUCUAAAGAUAAAUUUCAGCGGGCACUUUUACAAUGAACCGUUUUAUAUGAAACUGUAUGAGAGUUUGAGAGCUACGUAUUUCAAUCAUAAGAUAAACCUAGACCCAAAAUCAAGCAUAUUCCACCUAUUUCUUACAACAACAUUGAACUGUCUAGCAAUUCAAUUGGAAUUAUCUACAGAAAAGGAAACAGGCAAUGUCACCGAAGAGAUUCUUUACUACCUAAAGGCUAUAAUGCCACUCUGUCCCAAUUUAACUGUUUACUGCAUCACUCAGUUAUUAAAAUGCCUAUUUGGGACAAACAUGUUGAACCAGUAUAGUGAUUAUAUGAGUAUAAGUGAUAAGAAAGAUGAUGAGAGAGGCGGUUUCUUCGAUGACGUGAUGGUGACGAAUCCUUUGAAUGCUGAUAAGGGAUCUAGAAGGUCAAGCGUCAGUUCUACAACAAGUCAGAAGUUGUCUCUGGACAGUAAAAAUCCCAGGAUGAUUGUGGAAAGGCAGUUGUUGGUGACGCUGGAGAAUUUCGCGAAGAAUAAAUCUGACAGGAAGUGGAGUACGAAUAAAAAAGAAUUGGAGAGAUAUAUAAGAUUGUUUGAACCUGUUGUUAUACAGGCUUUGAAGAGCUACACAAUGCAGAACGACAUACCGCUGCAGUGCCAAGUGCUGAACCUGCUCAAUCAGCUGCUAAUGCUGAGAGUCAACUACUGCAUGCUGGACAGCGAUCAGAUAUUCAUCGGUUUUCUGAUGAAGCAACUUGAUCUGGUCGAACAGCAUGAAAUACCAAACUGUUGCGAUCUCGUGCACAGCAUCCUUAUGUUCUUGGUGCAACUGUCAUCGUCUAAACAUCACACCAAGCAGAUUAUAGAAAUACCAAAGUUGAUCCAGUUGUGCGACGGCCUGAUGGCGUCGGGCGCUCACGCGGAGUGCACGGCGGGGUUGGAGCCCGUCGCGGUGAGAGUGUUCAGCACCAUGGGAGGUGGAAGUAUUUUAGGGAGGGCGCAACAACAAGAGGCGCAAGCAACAAGAGAAGUUCUUUUCUACAUGUUGCAAAAAACUAUGCAUCAACCUAAGGUACUAGACCUCGUAUCCUGCGUGCUAUCUCUCUCACAAGAACAUCCGGAGAGCUACUACCGCUACUCAGAGCUAGCGAGUGAUACACUACUAAAUCUAUUGUCACAACGGUCAAUAGAGCUAGACUCGGCAGAAGCGAUAUCCUCACUUGAAAGGCUAAUCGACUCGGUGUAUAAAGAUGUUCUGCUGGAGCAAAGCCGGGUGGAGAUAUUGUUAAAGAUAUUGUUUAAAGCGCCUCCAGAUCAGGCUACAACACCCGUGAAACUAAAACUCCGCUACCUCUCCAUAAUAAUGGUGUUACUGCGCAAAAUACUGAUACUAAUACCAGAAAGCGAGAUCUUGCUCUCAAUAAACUAUCUGAAAGCGACCUGCAUAUCGCCACAGUCGAUAUUCUUCAACGUGAAACCAGACGUCGACCCUCUAAACGUCCAAAAUGUGAACGAGAAUUGCGCGAAUCUAUCUUCAGACGUGGUUUUAGUAAGGUUUUUGUUCAAAACGUUAACUUACGCGUUAUUGGAAGCUGAAGUGUGUUACGAGCCUAGCGGAGUGCAGAGGGACGCUGGCACUGUCCAGAGGAACAAUUUAAUAUACGCCACGUGCGUCAAUAUUAUAGUGCAAGUGAAGCAUAUGUUGCAUUUGACAAAUGGAUGUCUAUUCCCAUUAACUGCAAAAACAGCUCAAAACAUCUUGCACAACGAACAAAGCGGAUUGAACACUGGAUUAUACAGUCCCGAGGAGAACAUACCAUUAGAUGCACUGAAUCUUAUAUGUUUGAAGUCCGCGCAUAGGUUGCCUUUACUCACUGUGCAUUGGUCUCAUCUCUUGAUAAGAUUAAACUUCCUAUCUCAUAAAUAUUGGCAAAAAUUGGUGGGAUUUGCUCGUAACCUCCCACUGAGCGCUGACACUGGAGACACGACCUUACUGAGGCUCGACAUGCUUCAGAUUGCAUGUGUCGUUGCUUACUGCGAGUAUUUUGUAGAAAACGGUCUCUCGGAAGCGGUACAUCUUACAUGGCUGCUGGUGAACCGCGUUCACAUCCUGGUGAGUCAGUACCAGCAGCACAUGGUGCAGAGCCUGGUCAGCAAGGUGCAGCAGACGGCAGGAGCCUCAGGUCUACUGUUGCAAGCUGUCGCCGCUAGAUGUCAGAGUUGUUUGAAGGAUGAGUUCGCGCUAAACACAUAUAAAAUUCUCUCGAUGUGUCAUGAGAGUCAAUCUGGACCUUUAGUGUUUCUCAUCUGUCGGAUUAUCGGUAAGCUCGAACCAGCAAUAGCAGUAAGAUUCGCGAAAUUGGCAAUGGAGCGAUGUAAAAUGUUAAAAGAAUUGCCAGUAGAAAAAAUUAACAUGCAGCUAUCCAAAGAGGAUGUACAAGUCGCUCUAGAACUACUACAAAGGGAUAAGAUAUACGUCAGAUAUUCGUCUCUUGUGAUGGAAUUGAACUCACUGGCCUCAAGCGUAUUCGACUUAUCUCCGUUGGAUUUAUCCCAGGACAGAGCUAUAAAUCCACAAUACAUUGUUACUACCAAUGUCGACUCCAAUUGGUUGAUGAAUCAGGUUAAAAGCAGAUGUUGCCAAUCGCCUUGCUACCUUCCAAGAGAGUCAACGCAAGGCGAACUGGCACAACUCCUGUCAAAUUUAUCCUACGAGGACCUAAUGUCUGUUAUGUCGUGCCAAGAGUUCAACAGGAAACUCCUAGGCACUUGUUUUAAAGUCGCGUGUGAGGCAUAUCUAAGAGAUUUCAUAGACGUAGUGUCCGCGUACGAAGCUAAAGAGAUAGAAAAGGAUAAUGUAAAAAUGCAGAGAGAGAUGAAAAUAGCCGAAGAAAUGACGUCAUCGAUCGACAGCAAUAAAUUGAACGUAGCUAAUACUCUUCACGUGUUUAAAAAGAGCGACAGUAAGGAAUCAAAAUCGCAAUUCUUUAUACCGAUAACGGACAAUGAAAAUGUUAAAGAGUUUGGUAAUCUUCAAAUAUCGGAGGAAGAGAUUGAAAUGACAAUACCCGAGUUACCCAAAUUGUAUCGAGUGGCGGUUACAACGUUGGAUAAAUCCUUAGCCGAAGUUAUCCGAUUGUUCCCGAGACAGAGCCGACCACACAGUCAAUCGGAGACGUUCAAUUUGAACAUCGAACAUACAAUCGAUCGCUACACACGUCGAUGCCACCAAGUGUUCCAAGAUAAACUGUUUCAUAGAGAAUUCGUCGUACUCCACACAGCUCUAACGGGUUUUAUCGAUAGUUUAAAGAGUUUGAUGCAAUUUAUCGAUGAUGCAGAUUGCGAUUUGCUGGAGAAAUGUAUGGAGAAUUUGUUACCGACAUCACUGGCGAAGAAUAUAGCAAUAUUCUCGGUCAUUUCCUUGCAGUAUUUGUCGUUUUUGAUCAAGAAUAAAAGUGUAGCUGAAUCUCCGGUACACGCUGACGUAUCGUUCCGUGCGACUGUAACAACGACGGAUAGUGUGUCUAUCGAUAACGUAAUAGCGUGGGUUAUCGACAAUGUGUCGAAAGCUUUGGAUGUUGAGCAGAUUUGGGCGGAGCUAAAUGUCGAUAGCAAUUCGAAUAGGACUCAGUCUGCAGUCAAUUGUUUGUACGCCAUUUUGAAACAUUUGGUGAAAGAUACAAAACCUCUAGUACUGAAGCAAUACAUGCAAACACAAGAUCCAGGUCCCAGGUCCGACAUGAUGAUAACAGGCGAUAAGCUGGUAACGCUGUGGGAUUAUUGGGAACGGACUUUCUACGCAAAUGGUCCAAGCAAUGUCCUCGGAAAGUGUUACAAGGAGCCGAUUGAGAAGCUGCUCUCGAGUUUAUCCCGGUUAGACCUGCUUAGUAACAUAGCUCUGAUACCGCCAAUAGUGUGGUCGUCAGUCGAUGUAAUCUCCAACAAAGAACAAAUCCAGAAGAUCGAUUUACCGUUACAAGCGCUACAGGAUAUGGAUGUUUUGGAAGCGUUUUUAUUCAGAGCUCAAUGUGUCGGUUGGACGGGACGUCGGCAGUUCGAGGAGCGUUGGGUGGCGUUGUUAGCAGCUUUACAGACCGACGCUCCGCACACGGCGCUCAGGGCUACGGCGCAUCUUCUGUUAUCAACGGCUAAGGGUCGGCACGUAGCUAGAGAUUCUGUACCUACCAUUACUCAUGGAAUGCAACGUCUCCGAAACAUUCUAAUCGGUACGUCGGCGUAUCGACUCUUUGAUGACGUUAACUUGGAACGAAUACCUUUACAAAAUGACGACUUCGACGGUUACCACUACGCACAGUUCAGCACUGAGUAUUUGCAGUAUGCGUCUGAUAUAACUGAUGACGCGCCAUACAAAGUAAGGAAAGAAGUGAAGAGAACAAGAAAGAACAAAGAGAUCGAUAUAAAUAGUUGUCUACAGAUUCUUAUGGAUGUUAUAACACAAAUGCUCGACCCGAAGUCGUCGACGGGCGUGGCGGGGCGCGCGGCGUGCGUGUGGUGCGUGGAGGCGAGCGGCUGCGCGCUGAGCGUGGCGGCGCAGUGGCGGCGCGCGGCGGCGCUGCUGGUGGCGCUGACGGGCGCCGCGCACGCGCCGCUGUCGCAGCUGCCCGGCGCCGGCCGCGCGCUGCUCGCCGCGCUCGCCACCGCGCUGCCCGUGCUGCAGCACCACCGGCACAACGAACUGCAGGAACUAUCAACAGUACACCAGAAACUCGUGAAGUCAUUGUCGUCAUCGUACGCGCCGCUGCGUCACGCGGCAUUGCAGGGUUGUCUCUUACAACUGAGCGGCAAGUCUCAGCGGCUGGCGAUGCAACAGUCCACUCCAAACCCUUAUCAGGAACUCAUUUCGCAGCUGAAUGUAGCAGUAAGGAUAUACUUGCCUCAUAAUAAAAGAAUAUCACUAUACGAGCAAAGUUUGUAUUGGACGGUGCUGUUCACACUGGUGGAACUUGGUUACCCUGAUCUUAUCAACCUGGCUGUGGACUUUGUGCUGUCGAGGCCAAGGCAUUACUGCGUGGAUCUCGUGGUGAAGGGUAUUACAAAUACAAUACGUCAGCAAGUCCUACCAAAGGAUUUAAAAAAUUCAGUCAUAGAAAAAUUGUUGGACAACAUGAAGAACUACUCUGAACAUCAUGCGAUUCAGAUACUACUCGUACAUUUGUUCUCUGCUGACAACAAACUUCUGAGCCCGAAACUAACUUCAGACGUGUCCAACAUGGAUCCAGACGUCCUAAUGAGCUCUAUGGAAAGAAUUACAUUACUCUACAAAGCUUUACGUCAAUCUAAACUGAAGGAGACCCGGCGUAUAAUAACAACUUCGUUAAAAUACUUCCUAAGGGAGACUCUACCGCCGGCAGCGACUCUUAGUAGAGUCGUGAUAGAGUUCUUGGAGUGUUGCAAAGAUGCGGAGAAGUUGAACAUGAGUGUGGUCAGCGAAAAGGAGAGGUGGAUCGACUAUUCUGUGUUAAAUGCUGAAGUUGUAUUUGAGGUAUUCCAAACAUCGAUAUCACAAGACCAACUGCCAGUUCUAAGUGGCUGGAUAUUCGAAGCUCUCUGCCAUUUACUAAACGGCAAAGUAACUGCGGAUUUACUACCGAACUGUCUUGUUACCUUACUAGUGUCGGCCAGCUCCAAUCGACACAUAAGGGAAGUGGCCCCAUUGUCGUACGCUAUAUUAAAAUCAGGUUUCUACAGAAACUAUAACGUCGACCAAAAUUGGGGUAUUUUCAGCGAUUUUCUAUCGAAUUCAAAACAAUUGUCGUUCGCUGAUAGAAGAUUGUUGUGUGUAGUAGCGUUACACUCGGACUACACUGGAUCUCAGUUGGAGAGAUUGAAAGAGUUGUGCGAGAAUGAGGAGUGUUUGCGAGAUUUGUUGACUUGUCUGUCAGUUUAGGUGUUUCUAGGGUGAACUGCGGUGUUGGCGAUAUUAGAAAAAUGUAGUGUCAAAUUUAUUCUAUUUUUGCGACUGUAGGCCUGUGUGAUUAGAUGUGAAUUGUAGUUGUAGGAAUGAUCUCUUCACACGUGUGUGGUGAGGAUGGGCUAUCGUAACCAUCCUAAUAUUGAACUGCAAGUAAUCGUUCAUGAAUUGAAGUGUUAGGCUGCAAAAAGCCAAGUCUCGCCACAGAUGUGUAUAAAAAGACCAUAAGGAUAUUAGUAAAUUUGUCGGUUCGAGGUCUUUUUUCAACUGUUAAACAAAAUUUUUAAACAUUUAAAUAUAAUUUUUAUAGAAGAAUUUAAAAUUCUUAUAGAAUAUUUUUUGUUAACUGUCAUAUACAUAUUACAUCAUUUUUUUAAAGGAGUUAAUAGAAACAUUUAUUUCAAAAUUAUUAAUUGCCGAAUAUAAUCAUUUAUUAUCAUUUAAAACACACUUCGUGCAUUUCGUCCGCCGAAAAACGCCAUCAAAUAAGUUCGUGAAAUUUUAACUUAUAACUUUGAAAAUUUCUUGUUAAUUCUAAAACGUAGUGCAUGCUAGUCUGAUAGAUUUGUAGAGGUUAAACUAUAGCUGAACAAGUACAAAUGACAAUGAUAAUGAAAUGAUCUUAGUGUACGGCGAUAGUGCGGUUCACCCUACAAACAUUAGGCCGACGCAAACUGCAACCUAAUGCAGAACAAUUUUGUUAUUACGCCAAUAUUUUUUCAUACAUAAGCAUAUAGCUAGCAGAUAUAUGAGAAGGACUUUCACUGAAUAAUUUUGGAUCGUCAUGUUAUACUGGUAUUUUGUGUCAGAAGUUCUGAGUUAGCUAAAAAAAGGUUUUUUAUAUGGUACACUUCUAUACAUUUUGAUAACCAAUAUGCCAUAUUAAACAUUGUCAUAGUUCUUCUCAAAGAUUUUAUUUUGUGAUAAUUAACUAAUAAGAUCUGUAUAUUGAUAUAAUUCGUGUAUUUAAUCAUUGGUUAAUAUACAUUAAUGUUUAUUCAAAUUUGAUAACUUCAUAGUCAGAGAAAAUCAAUUAUCAUAGACAAUAAGUAUGCUUUAUAAGGCUAUAGGCUGAUUGAUCAGUCCCUUUACCACCAUGAGGCGGAAAUAUUGGAGACAUGUGCAAUUAUUGCAUUCAAUGUCUAUACAUUCUAAAGUCUAUGCAUAUGCAUGCAGUAAGGCAUAUUUUAUACGCAUCUAUGACGCGUGAGUUUGGUAUCUUUUUCAUACGUGCACGGGAAAGUGACCCUACUGGACUGAUGGAGUGAUGGAUGGAGAGAUGAUUAUUCUUUUCCAGUUGACCCAUUAUGUCGCCUCUUAUGUAUGUGUGCUAUAUACGUCAGUGAGCACAUGUAUCUUAGUACAAAGUUAUCGACUCUAUCGCGUUCGCUACACGUUCUAGUUUUGUUUGAAACGCAUUGUCGGCGCGUAUAGAAUAUGCCUUAUAUGCCUUCAGUGAUAUUUCCCCUGUAGCCUCGAUGUGAAUUUGGUUUGCGUCGGUUGAAAACAAUGAAUUUGAUCUUUAGUAAUCUUACAGUAUUUUUCCUAACCACGCUUAAAAUGCGGUAUGCGUUAUAGCGUUUUAUCUAAAAGCACGUAUAAUUAAAUAAUUUUAAUUUUAAUGGAAUUAAUUAUGAAAUAUUUAUAUUCAUGUUAAUAUUACAAUAUACUUCAUAAUAACUAAAUUAUGAAUAAGUAUACUCUUUUAAAAUGAAACAACGAAGCGAGUAAAUAUUUCUAUAUUAAUUCCAACUGUUUUAAAUUUUGACAUGCACAUUUUUAUAUAUUUAUUAUUUGAAAAAAUUAUGAAAUCUAAUUGGCUUUAAUACAUUCCAUUAUUGUUGAAAAAAUGUGUAUUGUGUAGUAAUAAAAUUAAAUUACACUGAAAAUGUACUUAAAUAUUUUUGAAAAAAAAAUCGGAAAUAAAUUGUGUUGUGAAUAAUCAGGUUGAAAUUUGAAUAAAUUUAUGCUGGCUGUUGUAACCAAAUUUAUUUUGAAGUCAAAAGUGAAUUUUGACCAAGGUACCUAAAAGGACUAAGCUUUCUAUGUUUUGUCUUCGGUUUCUAGUAUUCUUAUCUUUUUAUGAAAUACUAUUAAUUGUCAUUUGUUUAGGUGAUCAAUUUUGUCAAUAGAUGUGCGCAUUACAUAUAUUUUUAAAUAGUAAUACAAACUAAAGGACAUCUGUAUUGGAAUAUUGAUACUAUCAUUAUGUAUUACUAUUAAAAAAGUAUAUUCUUAAUAUCUAAUGUAUCAAAAUCGAAUUUAUCGAAUAUUCCAAUCAUAGCUUAAAUUUUACGUGUUUCACAAUCAUCUCUUUUGAAUAUAUUGACGAGAGUUGUUUUUAUUUGUAAUAUGUAGGUCUGGCAAUGUUGAAGAUUAAAUGUUAAGCGAAUUUGAACUUUGUCGAUUUUUAAUAUAGCAGUUUUUGAAUAAAAUAAGUAUUUGAAUCCAGGUAAAUUUUCAAUGUCAUUUUUAUAACAUUUCAUUCUUAUGAUUUGAAGAUACCUUACGUAACUAAGCAUACCUAUAUUCUUAAAUAGUGGAGUUUUUUCAGUAUAUUUAUUAACUUUUUGUUUCAAAGUCUAUGUUUUCCUUCUUAAUCUUAUUAUUUUUCUAAUGGAAUCUAACCUUUAACAUUGCCAGGUGGUAGAGAACUUGUGUAUAAAUAAUAUUUAAUGUUGUAUAAUUUGUAUAUUUUAUGAAAUUAAUUGAAAUUAUGUUAUAUUUUAAUUAAUGCUUUCGCGUGUUAAUAAAAUUAUUUACCUCUAGUUCUAUU